CUGUGGAUAUUAUAUGGGGAUGGAAAGGGAAAGGCCCGUUUAGAACUGUAGCCGUGAAGCGAGAGAGCCUGCGCCCCUUCCAUAUCAAUUGCCGGAUGGUUAAUGGUGCCUCUUCUCAUUUUCAAAUCCCAUGGACUUAAAGCCAAAUUCUCACCUUCAACAUGCCAUUCCCUUUGUAGCACAUCUUUAUUCUCCAUCUUCUCUUCUAGAUCGCAAUCUUUCUACCACAAUACAACCGAUGAUUACAGUAGUCACACCCUCACUUCACCCUUACCUUCAUCGCCUCCUCAAUCUGUUGUCAGAUCAAUUUGUUCAAUGGUCUGUGAAUCUUAUUAUCAACAAGCCUCAUACUCGAGACCAUCACCUCCGAAUCUCAAUCUCCAAAUCAACCCCGAUUCUUUGACCCAUGAGCAGGUCAUUACGGUUGUUGCUUCACUUGCAGAGGAAGCGGGUUCGAUAGUGGCAUUGAGUUUCUUCAAUUGGGCAACUGGGUUUGCCAAGUUUAGGCAUUUUAUGAGGUUAUACAUCGUUUGUGCUACUUCUUUUAUUGGUAAUGGCAAUUUGGAUAGAGCCCGUGAAGUUAUGCAACAUAUGGUCAGGAGCUUUGCUGAGAUUGGGAGGUUGAAAGAGGCUGUUAAUAUGGUUAUUGAGAUGCAAAACCAUGGCUUAGUAUUGAAUGCUCGGACGUUGAAUUUUGUUAUUGAGGCUGCUAAUGCUUUGGGUUUGCUUGAUUACGCGGGUGACAUGUUUGACGAAAUGCGUGAUAGAGGAGUGUAUCCUGAUUCUACUAGUUAUAAAUUGAUGGUUCUUGCUCAUUGUAGAAUGGGCAGAAUUCCGGAUGCUGAUAGGUGGUUGAAGGAAAUGCUUGAAACAGGUUUCGUUGUUGACAAUGCUACCUGUACUUUGAUAAUUAGCACAUUUUGCGACAAGGGUUUAGUGAAUAGAGUGUUUUGGUAUUUUAAUAUGUGGAUGAAGAUGGGUUUGAAACCAAAUUUGAUAAAUUUUACAUCUUUGAUUAAUGGCAUGUGCAAGAGGGGUAGCAUUAAGCAAGCAUUUGAAACGUUAGAGGAAAUGGUUAGGAAAGGUUGGAAACCAAAUGUGUACACUCAUACAGCAUUGAUUGAUGGGUUAUGUAGGAAGGGAUGGACUGAAAGGGCUUUUAGGCUAUUUCUCAAGCUUGUUAGGAGCGAUAAUUACAAACCAAAUGUAUAUACAUACACUAGCAUGAUUAAUGGGUAUUGCAAAGAAGAAAAAUUGAAUCGAGCAGAGAUGCUGUUAAGCAGGAUGAAAGAACAGGGAUUGGUUCCUAACACUAACACAUAUACCUGUCUCAUUGAUGGACACUGUACAGUGGGGAAUUUUGAAAGGGCAUAUGAGUUGAUGGAUUUAAUGGGUAAAGAAGGAUUCACCCCUAAUGGCUUUACGUAUAAUGCAUUUAUUGAUGGCCUCUGUAAAAAAGGAAGGUUUCCAGAGGCAUAUAAACUAUUUAGAAAGGGACUAAAAUGCGGAUUGGUGGCUGAUAGUGUAACUUAUACUAUUCUCAUAUCUGAGUUCUGCAGACAUGACAACAAUAAGCAGGCCCUUGCAUUUUUCAGCAGGAUGUUCAAGGUUGGCUUGAAACCUGAUAUGCGCACAUAUAAUGUGCUGAUUACAGCCUUUUGUAGGCAAAAAAGAAUGGAAGAAAGUGAGAAACUUUUUGAGGAAGCUGUCAAGCUUGGCUUGGUUCCAACCAAGGAAACUUGCACAUCAAUGGUAAGUGGGUACUGUCGAGAUGGCAAUGUCAGUUUGGCUGUAAAGUUUUUCCACAGGAUGAGCGACUAUGGUUGCACACCUGAUAAUUUUACUUAUGGAGCGCUGAUAAGUGGUUUAUGCAACGAGUCUAAGUUGAGUGAGGCUUGUCAGUUGUAUGAAACCAUGAUUGACAAGGGGCUGUCUCCAUGUGAAGUUACUAGGCUAACAUUGGCUUAUGAGUAUUGCAAACAAGGUGAUUCUGCUACCGCUAUGAUUAUCUUGGAGAGACUAGAGAAAAAACUCUGGAUUCGGACAGUUAAUACACUAAUCAGGAAGCUUUGCAGUGAAAAGAAAGUAGGAGUUGCUGCAUUAUUCUUUCAUAAGUUACUGGACAAGGACCGUAAUGUGGAUCGAAUAACUUUGGCUGCAUUUACCACUGCAUGCUAUGACAGCAACAAGUAUGCUCUCGUUUCUGACUUGUCUGAAAAGAUGCUCUCUAAAGGAAUUGGUUAGAAGCUCAAAUAUAUUGAGAACAGGAAAAUUCCGUUGUUUCAGAAGCUAACUGGCUCUUGCUUGAAGAUUUUAGAGGAGAUUGCUUUCCUCAAUCAUACCAUUCAUUGCCUGAGAAGCUUGAAAUUGGUGACUGUUGACACUUGGAGGGAUGAGGAAGACACCCUUGUCUUCAGAACAAUGAGCAAAGUGUCACAAUAUUGUCUGAAGUAGGAAUCCAAAGUAAAAUUUCUCAAUUGAAUGUUUAUACGCCAAAGGCCUGCGGCAGAAAUAGCUAAACAACUGAACUUUGGAAAAUAAAGGAAAAAGAAAAGAGAUCUAAGAAGCUAAUUGUCAUUAUUUAUAUUUUCGGAGAUUUUGAAUAUUAUUUUAUUGUCUAGUAUGAGGUAAAUGUGAGGUUAAUGGCCUCUGUCAAGCAUAGGCAUCAUUGCAGUUAAACUUAAAUCUUGCCAUGGAUUUUCCAGUUAAUUCAAGGAUUCUUAUGCGAAUAAAAAUGGUAUUUGUGGACCGUUA